GCUGUUGCAAAUCAUUUUUUCAGGGCUAUUUGUUUGCUUUUAGUUGGCUUAAUUUUGCAGAUUGGUCCGCUUCCAGUAUCAAGGCGGAGCAUUGUUGGCUGGGUGGGCCUUAUUGUUUACUCCGGUGUAUUUGCCUGGGCCACUUUUUAUGGACCUGCUUGGUUUUCAUCGCUACUUGGCCAGUCUAGUGGUGGCUUUUCGGGCCUCUAUGUUUGUUCAUUUUGCAGGUUAGUGGUAUAUUCGGUGGAGGCUUUAUGGGCUUUUGUGCUGAACUGAGACCAGAUUUACAAGGAUUUGCUGCUCUGCUUCAAUUUUUAACAUGGUUAGUUCAUGAUUUUGA